AAAACAAUAUUGAUAUAUGUGCAUUAAUAAUUAAUUUUUUUAAUUACCAUUAAACUGAAAAUAAAAAACAAUAUUUCCUAGGUGCAGUUGGAUUCGUAAUUACUCCGAGUGCUACGAGCGUAUCAGCCACCCCCAUCCAUACAUAAGUAUAAAUACAGCGGCUCAGAGCAGGUUUCGCAUUUGACGCCAAACAGUGCUUGAACGCGUUUAAUUCAUUGUUGCAAAGCGACUGCAAAGCGUAUUUAAGCAUUAAUUAAGCAUUAAGUGCUUGCCAUUCACAUCCGCAAAUCCAAACAGCUCUCUCCACCAUGUCUCCCCAACAACCUGUUGCUUUUUUAACCCGCAAGGAGACCUUUAGCGCCUGCCAUCGCUUGCACAGUCCCCAACUGAGCGACGCUGAAAAUGUUGAAGUUUUUGGGAAAUGCAACAAUUUCCACGGCCACGGACACAAUUACACAGUGGAGAUAACAGUACGUGGUCCUAUCGAUGCUCGCACAGGCAUGGUUAUGAACAUAACUGAACUAAAAGAUGCUAUUGAGACCGUCAUAAUGAAACGGUUGGAUCACAAAAAUCUAGACAAGGACGUCGAAUAUUUUAGCAAAACUCCUAGCACUACCGAAAAUCUAGCCGUCUAUAUUUGGGACAACAUACGCACACAGCUGGCCAAGCCGGAACUACUCUAUGAGGUUAAGAUACAUGAAACGCCAAAGAAUAUAAUCAGCUAUCGAGGUCCUUAUCCAUUCAAUGGUCUUUAUAAUCCGAUUAACAAGCGCAUAGCACACGAUUCCUGCACCAAUAUAUCAUCCGAUUCGGACUAAAACUUACUUAAACUGAACACAGCACGAUCAUAACUUGUUGAAGAUUAUAGACCAAUCAUAAUUGGCCUGCUCACAUAUUUUUUAUUUUAUAUACUUUACACAAAUCGAAGAAUGUUUUAUGAAUUUAUAACAAAGAAUAUACAAUGUUUAAUAAACAUUAAAGCAAAGAAAACCAAA